AUGCCCAUGUCUAUGAGCAACAUAAUACAUUCAUCGAAUUUGGCUGAAUCCGAGAGAAGCAAACAAUACCCACAAGAGAAACAUACCACUCAGAUAUUUUGCAGCAACAAGAAAAUGCUAAGCGCCUACCUUCCUGAAGAUGUCAUGAAGGACAUCUUGGUGAGGCUGCCUUUAAAGUCCUUGCUUCGAUUCAAAUCUGUAGCCAAAUCCUGGUACGCCCUAAUGACCGACUCAUCUUUUUGUACCAAGUGUCUUGAAUGGUCCAAUUCUAUAAACAAAAAUGGCUGCCUCAAGCUUAUGUUCCAAUUGAAUCCCAAUGUGGCGCCCUCUAUAUCCUUGCUUUCUAAUAGUAGUGAGGAGCCCGGCGUGAUCGUCCCAGACUUUGAAUUGCCUUUCUAUGAGAACGAUUUAAAGUUGCGAUGGAUAUCAGGCUAUGGUCAGUGUAAUGGGAUUUUCUGCCUCCAUCUCGAUCUGUUAAGUGUUCAGGGCUAUUUUGACCAUGAUGAACAACACCGCUUAAUUUUGUGGAACCCUUUAACCAAAGAGGUAAAGGUUAUUCCUACAUCUGAACAUGGGGCUUCUGAUGCCAUGUUUGGAUUUGGGUUUGAUCCUAUCACGGCGGAUUACAAGGUUGUUGGAAUAUUUCCCAACAAGUCUCAGAAAGAAGAACAAGAACAAUCUGUAGUUCAAGUGUACAAUCUCAGCACCAAUUCUUGGAGAACAAUAGAUAUUAUUGAUGCCCCAAGUUUUGAAUUCGAUCAUCCUUUAUGUGGGUCUUAUAUGAAUAGAUCUUAUUUGAAUGGGGCUUAUCACUGGUUAACUAAUGACUAUUAUAAGAUUGAUAAGCCUAUUGUGACCUUUGAUUUUAGUAAAGAGGUUUUUGGCAAUAUCGGAUUUCCUAUUGGGAUUACCCUCGCUCCUUUUAAUAUUGCAGUAGUAGAUAAGAGUCUUGCUAUUAUUGCUACAUAUUACGCAGGUAAGUUCCAUGAGAGUGUUGAGAUUUGGGUGAUGAAUGAGUAUGGUAUUGAGAGUAGUUGGACUAAGAAGUUUACGAUUGGAUCAUUCCCAAACAUGGUACAUAUCUUAGGAUUUUGGAGAGAUGAUGAGAUUCUUGUCGAAUGCUCUGGCAAAUUGAUUUUACAUAAUCUUUGGAAUCAUCAGAGACGGAAGUUUCAAAUCCAUUUUGGAAGGAUGAGCUUGAUGAUGAUGGAUUAUGAGGAAAGUUUAUUUCCUUUGGGAGCAAGGUGGAAACUAAAAGACAUGUGA